AUGGCAGGGCGGCUCCUCGGGCAACUCCUCGUCAUGGGCGGCGCCGUCGUCGGCAGGGCCGUGGUGCAGGCCUACCGCCAGGCCAUCGUCAAUGCACAGAGAACCGGAGCUGCCCAGGAAGCUGUGAAUGGUAUUCGAAGGGCUAGCAAGGCUAUGACCGAGCAAGAAGCCCGGCAAAUAUUAGGUAUCAGUGAAAAGACGAGUUGGGAAGAGAUUGUCAAGAAGUAUGAUACGAUGUUUGAGAAGAAUGCCAAGAGCGGAAGCUUCUAUCUCCAGUCGAAAGUACACCGGGCCAAAGAAUGUCUGGAGUCCAUAUACCAUGAUAAGCCCGACAUAAUGAACUGA